AUGGGGCCCCCGGGCAAUAGGGGAUCAUGGGGCCCCUGUGUCCUUGCCCAAACUCAAAAAAGCCUAUGAAAAAGAAGGGAGUUCCCUGUAAGAAGGCAUCCUUACCCACUCAUCCCUUAAAGGGACCUCUGGCUACCUGGAUCCACUUACUCUUUGCUGGGCUCACAACCAGGGGUGGACUGACAACUCAUGGGGCCUCCGGGCAAUAGGGGAUCAUGGGGCCCCUGUGUCCUUGCCCAAACUCAAAAAAGCCUAUGAAGAAGGUACCAGGGGCAUCUCAUGGGGCCCCCUACUGACCCCGGGCCCUCGGGCAGUGCCCGAGUUUCCAAAUGGUCAGUCUGCCCCUGCUCAUAACACCAUUACUCUGAG